AAGAAAAAAUCUUUUCAGCAGAGAACGUACGCUCUCUGGUAUUUGUUUGUGAAUUUUGAAGUUUUAAAAAGGUAUUCGUUUCGGGAUAACUACAUACUCCAUUGGCUUUGAACAGAUAACAACCAUUUAAUACGCAAAUACAAAGAAAACAAAAUAGACAAAAAGGAAAAGUUCGUUUUUGGAAUUUCAUUACAUACAAAUAUCUAGGCAAAGUAAAUAAAAUAAUAUUUAUUUGAGUGUAAGUUGCUUCGCAAUUAAAAUGCAAAACGCUGAUGCAGAAGCCUUGAACGCAGUUGAAAAGGAGCUCGACCGUGUUAUAUAUAAGUUGAAGGAUAUACGUGAAAAUGCAGCAGCCGAAAUAUCUGAUGUUGCUACGCUUAUGGAAGAAUUGCAGAAAGUGUUGAACCAAGCCGAGUUGGAAAUGACGGGCACCAUAAAUACGAGCACACAAGUCGAUGCUCCAUCCGAUGUAGAUGAUCCAAUGGCAGAAGAAGCUGAUAUGCAAGUAGAAAUGGAACCUGCAAAGCCACGAUUGAAUGAGCUGCAGGUCAAACAUGUGUUGGAGACACUACAAAAAGCCAAUGAAAGACUACAAAGAUUAUCGGCUGAACAUCGUGACUUGCAUGGCGCUGUCUCCAAAGUAGGCAAAGUAAUAGAUCGUAAUUUCGUCUCAGACUUUACUGCCACCACACGUAUUGAUGCAUUGCAAGAUGAAGAGAAUCUAAUGUUAUUAAAUAAAGUUAUGGCCAAACAUUAUUGCCGUCAGGGUAUGGAUGAUGUAGCACGUUUAUUGAUCAAAGAAUCGGGCAUGCCGGAAGAUAUGGCGCAGGAAGUGUUUGACUCAGAGAGUAGCUUUGCCGAGAUUUAUCGCAUUUGGAAGGGUAUACAACAGCAAGAGUUGGGACCGGCAUUGGAGUGGGCUGAACGCCAUUCUGAACAAUUAAUUGCUAAAAACUCAACACUUGAAUUCAAAUUGCAUCGUUUGGCAUUUUUACAAAUAAUGUCGCGUGGUAUUAGCGCACAAUCGGAGGCUAUUGCUUAUGCCCGUCAAAAUUUCGGCAAAUUCAUCGAUCGUUUCGAACAUGAAAUACCAAAUUUAAUGGGCUGCUUCAUUUAUCUACCUAUGGGUAUUGAUAAUUCACCCUAUAAGCAUUUGAUUUCGCCACAAGUCUGGAUGGAGGCAUCCUAUGUGUUCAUGAAGGAUGCAUGUCACACACUGGGCAUAAGCAAGAACUCGGCACUCUCGGUAGUUAUUAAUGCGGGCUGCACAGCGCUGCCGGCUUUGCUCAAUAUUAAACAGGUUAUGCAAUCCCGUCAAGUGUUGAGCAUUUGGAAUGCGCGCGAUGAGUUGCCGAUAGAGAUCGAUCUUGAUCCAGAGUAUCGUUAUCAUUCGAUUUUCGCUUGCCCGAUUUUACGCCAACAGACAACCGAGGAUAAUCCGCCUAAGAAGUUGACUUGUGGUCAUGUUAUCUCCAAUGACGCUUUGCAUAAGCUAAGUAAUGGGCAUAUACUCAAGUGUCCCUAUUGUCCUGUAGAACAGAAUGCCGAUGACGCUGUACGAAUCUAUUUUUAAGUACUAUAUAUAUAUAUAUACAAGCACAAAUUAUAUGCUUAUUUAAUUGAAAUGCAUUAAAUAGAAAUCGUAUUAGUGUUAAUUAAAGCUACGAAACUCUACUGAGUUUCGAAGUAUGUGCGAAAUGUAAUGAUUAGAUAUAGAGUAUAUUCUGGAAAUUCAUUGGAAACAAGUUCGUGAAAGCAAAGGACUUGAAAUGUAGUCAUUUAAGAUUUUCUUUAAUAUCGUAUAUAAACGAAUUAUGUAGUUUUUUGGAAUUAAAAAUUACUUAAAAAAUUUA